UUGACUUCAGAGCCAGUGAUGGGGCCAGGCCCGGGUCUGACCUUUGAGGAUGUGGCCAUUCACUUCUCCCGGGAAGAAUGGGUGCUUCUUGAUAAGGCCCAGAGGUUCCUAUACUGCAGUGUGAUGCUGGAGAACCUUGCACUUGUGGCAUCUCUGGACAUUAACCAACACAGGAAGAGUGACAGUGGAGAAAAGCACUCAGAAGCGGAUGCUGACAGGGCUUCCUUUAUGUCAAGUUGCAGACCCCAUGUGCUGAGGAAGCCAUCCAUCUUUGGGGAGAAUGGGGAGAAGCCUCUUGCCUCCGCAGGCUGUCUUCAGCAGCAGGCCAGUUGUAGUAGUGAGCAGCCUCACAGUAGCGGCAGGGGUGGGGAAAGGCACCACAUUAAUAGAGUACAUUAUGAGUGUGUGGAAUGUAGGAAAUCCUUCACCUAUAAAUCUAACCUCACUGAACACCAGAGAAUCCACACUGGAGAGAGGCCUUACCAGUGUGAUCAGUGCGGGAAAUCCUUCAGACAAAACUCUAGCCUCUUUAGACACCACAGAAUUCAUACUGGCGAAAGACCGUAUACAUGCUAUGAGUGUGGGAAAUCCUUUAGACAAAUUUUCAAUCUCAUUAGACAUCGGAGAGUCCACACGGGAGAAAUGCCUUAUGAGUGUAGCGAGUGUGGCAAGCUCUUCAGGCAGUUCUCCAACCUCAUUCGCCACCGGAGAGUUCAUACUGGGGACAGGCCUUACAAGUGCGGCGACUGUGAGAAAUCCUUCAGUCGCAAGUUCAUCCUCAUCCAGCACCAAAGAGUUCACACUGGAGAAAGGCCUUAUAAGUGUGGGGAAUGUGGCACAUCCUUCACCCGGAAGUCUGACCUCAUCCAACACCAGAGAAUUCAUACUGGCACAAGACCUUAUGAGUGUGAAGAGUGUGGCAAGUCGUUUAGGCAGUGCUCUAGCCUCAUUCAGCACCGGAGAGUUCACACUGGAGAGAAGCCAUAUGAGUGUGUCGAGUGUGGGAAAGCCUUCAGUCAGAGUGCUAGCCUCAUUCAGCACCAGCGACUGCACACUGGAGAGAAGCCUUAUGAGUGUAACGAAUGUGGGAAGUCCUUUAGCCAAAGUGCUAGCCUAGUUCAACACCAGAGAAGCCACAGUGGAGAAAAGCCUUACGAGUGUAGUGAGUGUGGCAAACUCUUCACUCACAAGUCAGACCUCAUUCAGCACCAAAGGGUUCACACUGGAGAAAGGCCUUAUGAGUGCAGUGACUGUGAGAAAUCCUUUAGCCGUAGGUCUAACCUUGUUCGACACCAGAGGGUUCACACCUGAGAAACUUCUUUAUCGUGUAAGAUUGUGCUGCUUAGUGAGUUGGUGUAGUAACACUGGGGGAGAUGAGCAGUCUUCUGAGUUUAAGGAUAACUAAUUCAUGUGGGCUUCAAAAGGGGGAAACUUUGAGGAACUUCAUUCCAGUUUCUAGUCUGCCCAGGGCUAUAUCCUGAGUUACGCCGUUGGCAGCGUCUGUAGUAGAAACCCUGUCCCCAUUGCAACUUGGAAGAUUGAGACGGUGAGGAUGGGUAUCCUUCCUGUGUGCUCAGAGAUGCAAACUUCUGUACUCUGCUCUGGCCUUAGCCUUGGAGACCCCCCAUUCCUUUCAGGGUAGGAAUCUUGUUGGGAAGGUGUGGUCUGAGUUGUGUUUUCAGCUUUGCUAAGAAAGAGUACCUUGUUCAGGGGAAGUUUGUUUUCAUACUGUGCUCGCUAUGAAUAUUUCCAGGUUUGAAUUGGCCAACUUGGGAAAUGCUUGCUGCCCAUAAUCUCUGACUUAUCUUUUUGAAUAGAUAGUUUGUUGAUGCAUCUUUAAUCUUGAAGGUUCUUUUCAUUCUGUGUCAUGACUUAUCAACUGACUCAUGAUGUCAGCACAAAGAGGUAGGCCAGUUCCAUAGAGAUCCUCACUUUCUGUUUCAGAGGGUAUGAUACACCUGCCAGAAGCAGCUGUGUAGAGCAAUGGUCUGAUUUUCGCGGCUGCUCCUGCUCUCAGCCAUGAGAGCAGGUAAGAUGGUGGAUUUUUUUGUUCCUGACUUACAGAAGGUGCUGUGAUUUUUGUGAGGUAAGAAGUCCUGAUGAAAAGGAGAAUUCCGACAAUCCCAGGAACUUUUAAAGCACGUCAACAAUUAAACU